AUGACCUUCCAGCAGGAGCUGACGUCCUGGCUCUCUCCGGAGGCCAAGAAAACCAAUGAAGUACCGGCCAUCGGAUCCAAAGCUCCGUCAUCAGAGCGGCUACCCGUCCCAGGCGCUGACGGCAAGCCUGUGGUUGUGACCUUCCUACGGCACUGCGGGUGCCCCUUCGCAGAAAAGACGUUCCGCAGGCUCCGCGAGGCGGCAUCGGGCAACGCGGACGUGCGGUUCGUGGCCGUCUCGCACAGCGACCAGGCGUCGACGGAGCGCUGGCUCGACUCCCUAAGCGGCGGCGGCGGCGGCGGCGGCAUCACCACGGGGCCGGCGGUCGAGCUGGUCGUCGACGCGGAGCGCGACGUCUUCGCGCAGUGGGGGCUGGGCGUGUCGUCCCUGUGGCACGUCCUCAGCCCGUGGAGCAUGUACUCGGUGUACCGCCUCGGCCGCGACGAGGGCAUCUGGAACCGCCCCACCGAGAGCGGCAACCGCUGGCAAACGGCGGGCUCGUUCGCCGUCGACGGCGAGGGCGUCGUCAGGUGGGGCGGGCCGGCGAGGCAGGCGGAUGACGUGCCCGACUUUGGGCAGGCGGUCAAGGCGUUGAGGGAGCAGCAGCAGCAGCCAAAGGCGAACCUGUGA